AUGGCCGAGAUCGGCCAACGGCCAAAGAAGCUGUGUUUCGUCACAAUUGGUGCGACGGCGUCGUUUGAUUCCCUAAUCUCAGCAUGCUUGGAGCCCCGGUUCCUCGAGGCGCUCGCCGGUGCGGGCUAUACGCAUCUGGUCAUUCAGUAUGGCAAGGAGGGGAAGAGCUUGUAUGACAGAGCUGUCUCUGAAUCUUUACGGACAAAAGAGCUAGAGAUUUCUGUCACCGGUUUUGACUUCAACCGCGAUGGACUUGGGCAGGAGAUGAGAGCUGCCAAGGGCGAGGCUCGAGGCGUCGAAGGCGUCGUAAUAAGUCAUGCCGGUUCCGGGUCUAUACUGGACGCGCUCCGUAUUGACGUGCCGCUUAUUGUGGUGCCCAACCCAAGCCUUCUAGAUAACCAUCAAGUUGAGUUAGCUGAGGCUCUCGAAGAGCAAGGCUACGUUGUUCAUGGCAGGCUAGAGGACCUCUCCGUUGCAAUUGCACAGUCAGAAGAAUUGCGAAAGCGUCACAAACAGUGGCCGCCAGUCAACAGCGGACAGCACCGGCGCGCGAGGGGCCUGGCAGGAGUUAUGGACGAAGAGAUGGGCUUCUUGGACUAG